AAGCUCGCGGAGUAGGAACAGAAAUGCGGGGCGUUCUGGUGCUAUGUUUGACCGUAGCGGUCGCGUUUGCGGCGGAUACUGGAAGUCCUACACCCUUCCAGUUUGUCACGUCGACACCAAGCUACAAUCGGUACUUUGGAAGAUAUACAACUCCUGCUAACACCGGUCGCUACGAAGGCCGCUAUGACCCUGGUCGCUAUAACGCCGGUCGUUAUGACCCUGGCAGAUACGACCCCGGUAAAUACGACCCUGGUAAAUACAAUCCCGGCAAAUACGAUCAAUCUGGACGCUGGAUUCCUGACGAUUCUGGCAAAUACAAUGGUGAUCGGGGGGACCGUGGCGGCGCUGGUGGCUUCUACGUUCACCAAGGAAGCGACGGUGGAAAGUACCAGCCCGAUAACAACGACUACAACGGCGGAAGUGGCUACACUGGAGCAGUGUACACAACUCCUGCUUACGUCCCUACAACUACCGAAGCACCGAGACCGACGACUACCUUGGCGCCCAGCCCAUCUCCUUCUCCGAGCCCUAGCCCAAGUCCAAGCCCUGUUCCUAUUUUCGUGCCAACAUACAAGCCCACUCAACAACCAUACGUCAUUCCUCCAAACCGAGCUUAUGACGAGAACUACUUGAAGAAAUACGACAUCAUCCGUUUGUACCACGAUUACCUUCCCCCUGGUGGUUAUCAUUACCUUCUUGAGACUGAAAACAAAAUCCUCGCUGAGCAAGAUGGCAAAGUCGAGCAAAUAAACAACGAAAGUUAUGGUCCCAGAGUUAAAGGAUUCUACGAGUACCUUGGCCCCGACGGCGUUACUUACAGAGUCGACUAUACCGCUGAUGAGUUCGGCUACAAGCCCGUGGGUGUUCAUCUACCUUGAAUGUUCUAGUCACUAAGUUUAUAUCUAUUUGUAAGGUAUUUUUAGUGCUGUUUAAUUCUUCUGAAGCUUCUUGAAAAAAUAUGACUUUAAUUUCCUAACUUUUUAUUAUUUGCAAUAGUAUUGGAAAUAAAGAUUUAUUUAAUUUA